UUUCCCACUGCAUACUGCGUCUAUGGCGCUUAAAGCUUUUACGCACGGUCUGUUUUUCUCCAAAUAUACUAGCGCUUUGGUUAUAAAAGUCUGACCAGUCGAGAGUUGCCUUUGCGCAGUGCAACGGACAUUUUGGACCUCAACAGGACAUUUUUCAAUAUUCGAUCCGCAGCAGCGGCGCCUCUUCGAAGCGGAAUCUUCAAAAAUCAAAGAAUAAAUAUGGAUUAUCCAUCGGCUAAAUGUCGAGGAGGCUGCAGUGAUGUAUGCGUAAAUAACAACCUUUGCGCGAAUUUUGGUCAGAGACUGAAGAGACAGUGGGAGACACCAAUCACGUGAAAAAACAACAUCAAUGCCCCUGGCGUAGUAGGUUUAAAACUACAAAAUGCAGAAAGCUACCUAUUAUGACAACUCUGGACUGUUUGGAGGCUACACCUACCCCAAACCUGACUCUUACAACUAUGGCCCAUCUCAUCAGUCCUACACGGCCGCCAGCAUAGAAUCUGACUAUCAAGGCCCAGUGUGCCCCAUCCAGACCUCUACUGCGCGCACAUCGAGCCUCAAAGACAGUGAUCUGAACGGGGACUGCAUGCGCCAGGGCAGCACUCAGAGCAACAGCAGCCAGGCCAGCAGCGUUAGUGAGCCGCAGCCUCCACCUCUGUCUGCGGCCUCUCCGGGUUCCAACAGCUCCACAUCCAAUAAGAAGAAAUCUCCCUCUGGGGCAUCAGGCUGCGCUACACCGGCCUUAACCAAGCAGAUAUUCCCCUGGAUGAAGGAGACCCGGCAAAAUUCCAAACAGAAGAGCAACAACUGCAAUGCGAGUGCAGGUGAGGUGAGUGAUGAAAAGAGCCCACCAGGACCUGCCUCCAAGCGGGUCAGAACCGCAUACACCAGCGCCCAACUUGUGGAGUUGGAGAAGGAGUUUCAUUUUAACCGCUAUUUGUGUCGCCCUCGGAGAGUGGAAAUGGCCAAUCUGUUGAAUCUAACCGAGCGCCAAAUUAAGAUCUGGUUUCAAAACCGGAGGAUGAAAUACAAAAAGGACCAGAAGUCUAAAGGCAUGGCGCAUUCUCCUCUGGGACACUCUCCGGAUAGAAGCCCUCCACUGAGUGGCCCAAAUCACAUUGGAUACUCUGGCCAACUCCAAAAUGUGAACAGCCUCAGUUAUGACGCGCCCUCACCGCCCUCCUUUGCUAAACCCCAACAAAACAUGUAUGGAUUGGCUGCUUACACAGCACCGUUAGGUGGAUGCAUCCCGCAGCAGAAAAGGUACCCGGGAUCCGAGUACGAACACCACGGCAUGCAGAGCAAUGGCAGUUUUGCAAAUGCGAAUUUGCAAGGAAGCCCAGUUUAUGUGGGUGGGAACUUUGUUGAUUCCAUGCCAGCCUCGGGCCCUAUGUUCAACCUCGGCCAUCUUCCUCACCCCUCAUCCACCAGUGUGGACUACAGCUGCGCCGCGCAGAUCCCAGGAAACCACCAUCACGGACCCUGUGAUCCCCACCCCACGUACACAGACCUCACGUCUCACCAAGCGUCUCAGGGAAGGAUUCAAGAAGCGCCUAAACUCACGCAUUUGUAAAACGUCUUGUGUGUGUGUGUGUGUCUGUGCGUGUUUCCGUGAGCGACAGCGCGUGUAUGUGUGUGCCAAAUUAUG